GCUAGCUAGAUAGAUCUUCAUUUUGGAAACCUAAAUAAAUGAUAAACUUCCGCUUAUUUUGUAGCGGGAAAUUUAUUUACACUAAACAUUGUUACCUUUUAAAACCAAACACAGUCAUGCAGCGGUCUAUAGCGUCUUUUUUCUCAUCAGCUCCAAAGAAAGAUGACUCAAAAUCAAAAAGCAGCAAAGAUACUGAGAAAUCUCCUGUAAAGAAGGUUGAAAAAUCUCCGCUGAAACAGAAAAAUGUAUCGCCAUCUAAGCUGCUAGAUGACUCUCCGAUAAAAGCUCCGGCGAGAAAGCGAGCUCGUAUCUUAGAAAGUGAUGAUGAGGAGGAGAAUGUACAAGUGUCCGACAAGGAGAAAUCUAGCGAGAAGACAGUUGAACAGAGACUAGAAAAAAUUGUCGAAGAAAAGCAAAAAACAAAGGAUGAUACAAAUGGGGAAAGCCAAGAUUCUGGGAAAGGUCUUCAGUCUCCAGAACGUUCAGCAGCAUUUACACCAGUCAAAUCUCCAUUCCCAGCACGUAAAACAGCUCGAAAGAGCAUAGGUGGCAGUGCUAGAAAGAAGAUACCAAGUACUAUAGCAGAGAGACAGGAAGAAGAUAUGAUCACUGAAGAAACAGAGAAAGUCGAUACACCUCAGGAAACUGUAACAAAAGAUGAAAACAAGUCUGCAGAGCUUGAGACAAAGGCGGAGGAUGUAAAAACUGAAACAGAUGAAGUAACUAAUGAGGUUAAGAUAGAAAAGACUGAGGACAAGGAAGAUGUGAAGGACAGUAAAGAUGAAGAUACAGCUGAAGAUGGGAACUCUGGAGAGGAGGCCGAUGAGGCACCAAGGGGACACAAGAAGAAAAGUGUACCUGGGAAAGGUGUAGUUACACCGAAAGGUCAAAAGAGAAAAUCUAGUAAAAAGGAAACCAGUCCUAAAGAAAAGAAAGUAAAAAGUGAAACUCCUAAGUCAGUGAAGAAAGAAAAAGAAGUAAAGCCGAAAGUUUCAAAAAAGGGGAAAGCACCAGUGAAUGGCGUCUUUUCACCAAAGUCAAGUUCCAAGGAUAAGGAAUCUAAAGAUGUAGAAAGUGAAAAGUCAGAGGACAAGAGUGUUAAAUCUGAGGUUGAAAGUGAGGCUAAACCUGUAAAACAAGAGACGGAGAAGAAAAGUGGUGUGAAUCCAUUUGCAAGCAUGAUGGGAAAGAAGACGGAGCCAAAUUCAACCUACAACCCCACAAAAUCAAACUACCACCCAAUAGAUGAUGCUUGUUGGAAACAUGGUGAAAAGGUGCCGUAUCUAGCAUUAGCGAAGACGUUUGAAGCCAUAGAAAACGUGUCUGCAAGAUUAAAGAUUAUAGAGAUUUUAAGCAACUUUUUCCGUUCAGUGAUAGUGUUAACACCGGAUGAGCUAUUACCAUGUGUGUACCUGUGUUUGAACAAGCUAGCACCGGCAUAUGAAGGUGUUGAACUUGGUAUAGGUGAAACCGUUCUCAUGAAAGCAAUUGCUCAAAGUACAGGUAGAAGUAUGGAGAAAAUAAAGGUUGAUGCACAGGAAAAAGGAGAUCUUGGUAUUGUUGCUGAGAACAGUAGAAGCACACAGAGGACAAUGUUUGCCCCAGCAAAUCUAACAAUUCCAGCAGUGUUCACCAAACUAAAGGAGAUAGCCACCAUGACAGGCAACUCUGUGAUGACAAAGAAGAUAGAUAAGAUUAAGGGUAUGUUUGUGGCAUGCCGGCAGUCUGAGGCUCGGUAUCUGAUCCGAUCAUUGGGCGGCAAGUUGAGGAUAGGUCUUGCUGAACAGAGUGUACUUACGGCCCUUGGAAAUGCAAUAUAUCUUACUCCACCUGGUCAAGAGUACCCACCAGAGAUAAUAAAUGCAGGGAAGGGAAAGAGUGCUGAGUCGUUAAAACAGAAAAUGGAGGAGUCUGCUCUAGUCAUUAAAACUACAUACUGUGAAUGUCCAAACUAUGGAGCUAUAAUUCCUUGUUUAUUGGAGCAUGGUAUUGAAGAAUUACCAAAUAGAUGUAAAUUAACUCCAGGUAUUCCAUUAAAACCGAUGUUGGCACAUCCUACAAAAGGUAUUAGUGAGGUGUUAUCUCGGUUUGAGAACAAUGAUUUUACAUGUGAAUACAAGUAUGAUGGUGAACGGGCUCAGAUCCAUUUGUUAGAAAAUGGUAAGAUACAAAUUUACAGUAGAAACUCGGAGGACAACACCAGUAAAUACCCAGAUAUUAUUUCACGUCUACCUAAAUGUCUGGCAGAAGAUGUGAAAUCAUGUGUUCUAGAUACCGAGGCAGUUGCCUGGGAUGCUGAAAAGAAACAAAUUCUACCUUUCCAGGUCCUUACUACAAGAAAAAGAAAGGAUGCUGAUGCAGCUGAAAUUAAGGUACAAGUUUGUGUUUAUGCAUUUGACUUGCUGUAUCUGAAUGGGGAAUCUCUUGUACGUCAACCUUUCCGACGUAGACGUGAAUUACUGAGGUCAUCGUUUAAAGAAAUCGACGGGGAAUUCACUUUUGCUACCUCAAUGAUUUCAUCAAAUACUGAGGAGAUAUCAGAGUUUUUAGAAGAGUCUAUCAAAGGAAACUGUGAGGGUUUGAUGGUGAAAACACUAGAUGUAGAUGCCACAUAUGAAAUAGCAAAACGGUCUCAUAACUGGCUCAAGGUGAAGAAGGAUUAUUUGGAAGGUAUGGGAGAUACAUUAGAUGUACUAGUGAUGGGAGGAUAUCUUGGUACAGGGAAACGUACUGGACGAUAUGGAGGUUUCCUGUUGGCCUGUUAUGAUGAUGAAAAUGAGGAAUAUCAGUGUAUAUGCAAGAUUGGUACAGGAUUUAAGGACGAGGAUUUAGAAAAACACACAACAUUCUUCAAGGAACAUGUGAUAGAGAAACCCAAGUCCUACUAUAAAUGGGACAAGUCAGUGGAGUGUGACCACUGGUUUGAACCGGUUCAGGUGUGGGAGAUCAAGGCAGCCGAUCUGUCUGUGUCCCCAGUACACAAGGCAGCUGCUGGAAUGGUUGAUCCUGAGAAAGGUAUAUCAUUGAGAUUUCCACGGUUUCUACGGAUACGAGAUGACAAGAAACCAGAGGAGGCAACUUCAGCCUCACAGGUAGCAGAUAUGUACAGAGGUCAAUCACAGAUACAGAAUCAAAGUAAAACUAAAUCUAAAGUUGAAGAGGAGGAGGAUUUUUACUGAGCAUUAAAAAAAAAGACAACAAUACCUCUAAAAUACAAAUGAAAUUGUACAAAUACAUGAUGAUAGCUGUACUAAACAAGCUAAAUUUAUUUAUAUAUGGAUGUGAAGUCUGGGGCUCUUGUUUAAAGCCUGUAAGACACUGGACCUGGUGAUGUUGAAAAUUUAAAACAUUGUUUAAUAAGGUAUUUAUUUGUAUUGUUAAGAAAAGGUUAUGUUAUAUAGUUAUGUUAAACCUUAUGGGGACCAAGAGAGAAAACAAACUGAAAGGAAAUUUGUGAUUUGAAUACAAAUGGAAUUUAAUUUAUUCUAAACUUAACUCUAUUUUUAGUGCUUAAUUUUUAACAUUUGUUAAUGAAUAAAUUGGAAAAUAUAAUUGAGCCGUGUCACGACAAAACCAACAUAGUGCGUUUGCGACCAGCAUGGAUCCAGACCAGCCUGCGCAGUCUGAUCAGGAUCCAUGCUGUUCGCUUACAAACCCUAUUACAAGUAGAGAAACUGAUAGCAAACAGCAUGGAUCCUGAUCAGACUGCGCGGAUGCGCAGGCUGGUCUGGAUCCAUGCUGGUCGCCAACCCAUUAUGUUGGUUUUAUAAUGACACGGCUCAUAUAUGAUCAUAUUUGUUAGUUUGAGUUUGACCAGAAUUUGUAAUCAUUGUGUAACAUUAAAACAUGUAUGUCGUAGUAAUAAUAUAAUUAAAAAUAUAUAUGUGA